AUGGCUGGGUUACAUGUGCAGGUGGUCUUCAAAAAUACAACAAAGCUUUGUUCAUCUAAGCCCACCAUCACCGUAAAUGGAAAGUUUCCUGGACCAACCUUGUAUGCAAGGGAAGAUGAUACUGUAAUUGUAAGGGUCAUCAACCAUGUAAAUCACAAUCUCACAAUUCACUGGCAUGGAGUCAAGCAACUUGGAACAGCUUGGGCGGAUGGACCAGCAUACAUCACACAAUGCCCCAUACAGCCUGGGCAAAACUUUAUCUACAAUUUCACACUCACAGGCCAAAGGGGCACACUUCUCUGGCAUGCACAUACCUCUUGGCUAAGGGCCACUCUACAUGGUGCCAUUGUCAUCUUACCUAAAAGAGGCACUCCUUACCCUUUUCCUACACCUGAUGAGGAAAAAACUGUCAUAUUAGCUGAAUGGUGGAAAUCAGAUGUUGAAGCUGUGGUCAAUCAGUCUAUAAAGUCUGGCCUGCCACCAAAUGUCUCAGAUUCGCACACUAUCAAUGGCCAUGCAGGACCAGUUCCUGGUUGCUCUUCUCAGGGGGGUUACACUUUACAUGUUGAAAGUGGCAAGACCUACCUGCUACGCAUCAUAAACGCAGCGCUGAACGAUGACUUGUUCUUCAAGAUUGCGGGGCAUAAUCUAACCGUUGUUGAAGUUGAUGCCUCCUACACCAAGCCAUUCCAAACUGACACCAUAUUCAUCAGUCCAGGCCAAACUACAAAUGCAAUUUUAACUGCAAAUCGGGGAAUUGGCAAAUACUUAAUAGCAGUCUCUCCUUUCAUGGAUGCGCCAGUUGGCUUUGACAACUUGACUUCAAUUGCUUCAUUGCGCUACAAGGGAACCCCUGCAAACCCCAAAGCCUUCUUAACCAGCAUUCCUCCUCAAAAUGCAACGCCAUUGGUGUAA